CCUUGGCUUCACUUGCCCUGCUCCAAGAUGGCCGCCGCACGGCGCCACCGUCUACGGUCAGGUGGUGCGGGGCGGGGCCACGCCUCCUGCUCCUUCCCGUACCAGGCCAGCGGCGACUGGAGCGGCGGCUGCUGCACACAGCGAGUCCCGGCGGGCGGCCUAGCAGGUAUGCGAUAACCGAGCUGGUCCUGUCCCGGAGCCUCCCCGAAGAGAAGCAAGCCGGAGGCAUGAAACCCCCUCUGAGGCACGGCAAAGCGCGGUGAGGGCCCCCGCAGGAAGCUUGUCCCCUCUCGGCGGCCGUACGCCGCUCCACACACCCCUCCAACCCCCGGGGCUGGGCCUUCUGCUGUUCCCGCCUAAGCCUCGGUGACGGGGCCUGGGAGGGAGGUCGAGGCCCCGUGGCCAUGAAGCCGCUGCGGCUGCUGUGCCGCCACAAGACGGCCCUGGGCCUGGGUGGGCUCUCGCUCUUCGCCGUGGUCCUGCUCUACCUGGCCAAGUGCACCUCCGAGGGCCUCCGUCCUCUGCCAGCCCCCCACGGGCUCCCGCACAACCAGCCUGCAGCCCUGCCUCCGCGAGGUGCCCGGGGCCCGCACCCCCCUGCAGCCCCACCACCCUCCCCUCAGGAGACCGCCUUCGUGGCCGUGCUCAUCACCAGUGGCCCCAAGUACAGCGAGCGGCGCAGCAUCAUCCGCAGCACGUGGCUCUCGGGCACUGGGCGCCCACCUCACGAUGAUGUCUGGAGCCGCUUCGUCAUUGGCACAGCAGGGCUCGGGGCAGAGGAGCUCCGUAGUCUGGAGCUGGAGCAAAGCCGGCACAGAGACCUCCUCCUCCUGCCGGAGCUGCGGGAUUCCUAUGAGAACCUGACUGCUAAAGUCCUUGCCACGUAUGUCUGGCUGGAUCUGCACCUGGACUUUCAGUUUGCCCUAAAGGCCGAUGAUGAUACCUUUGUCCGCUUGGAUGUGCUCGUGGAAGAGCUGAGAGCCAAGGAGCCACGUCGCCUCUAUUGGGGCUUCUUUUCCGGCCGUGGUCGAGUGAAAUCUGGUGGCAAAUGGAAGGAGAGUGCCUGGGUGCUCUGUGACUACUAUCUACCCUAUGCUCUGGGUGGUGGUUAUGUGAUUUCUGCCGAUCUGGUUCACUACUUGCGUAUUAGCAGGGACUACCUGAACAUGUGGCAGAGUGAAGAUGUCUCCUUGGGCGUGUGGCUGGCUCCCAUUGACGUGAAGAGAGUGCACGACCCUCGCUUUGACACUGAGUAUAAGUCACGAGGUUGCAACAAUAAGUACAUAGUAACUCAUAAGCAAAGCAUCGAGGACAUGCUGGAAAAGCACCAGACCCUGGCUAAAGAAGGAAAGCUCUGUAAGGAGGAGGUUAAGCUCAGGCUUUCUUACAUGUAUGACUGGGGAGUGCCUCCUUCACAGUGUUGCCAAAGGAAGGAUGGCAUCCCUUGAAAGGCUGAGGAAGGAGAAGGCAGAAUGUUGGUGGACUGUUGGUUACUGUUGGGAAGGAUCCCAGUAACUAGGGCUUAAAGAUUACUCAAAAGAUUUUGCACGUUUCAUUAUGUCACAAUCAAUGAAACCCUGAAACUCCUAAGAGCUACUGAAGUGGGAUGAUGCAGAGAUGCUUAAAAGAAAAAAGAAAUAGAUGACAAAAAGCAUGGAAAGGCUCAGAUGACAGGAUUGAAGGCAAGUAACAGGUUGCAAAAUUUGGAUAGUACAGAAAGUUGGGGGGAUAACUUGAAUGAAAAGUUGCUGGAAGAUUUAUUUGCUAAAGAUCAUGACUGGCCUUUAUGCUGGCUAUAAGAUUGUCAAACUGACAUCUGCUGUUUAUUUCUUGACAAGGACAAAGUGGCAGCUUGGCAAGUUUAAAGGUUCUAGUGGGGCUGCAAAUCAGCUGCUAAUGCCAGUGGGAGCAGGGGGCUGGUUACUGACAGAGCAGUCAAGUGAAGGGAACAGUUUUAUGGAGGAUAUUUGUGUCAGGGGAGGGAGAAAGACACUUUCUCUGGCCAGUGCUCCAGUUUACAAGAAUGGCAUUAUUAGACCUGUAUAACUUGUCUUUAAGCUUUUUGUUAUUUUAAAGAAAUGUAUAUAAGCUACCUGGCAGCUACAGGGUAAGUCAAUAUUUAGGAAGGUGGAUGGGUUACGGUAUUUGGCAGAUAUAGAACAUGCUACCUUAUUUUGGGGGCAAAUAGUUAAUGCUAUGAAGCUAGCCUUGUUAGGCAUAGGUGUUUUUUUGCUUCUCCUCCUGUGUAUGAAGAAACAUUUCCUCUCCCACCAGUAAGUAAUCUCAGUGAUGCCUACAAGGUCAGACACUGUAGGCUUUAGCUUUAUGUUGUUCUGGGUUACUUCUGUAAAGUGUAAAUUAGCAGGAGUAGAUCAGUGGAAGCCAUUCAGAGUUCAGACAGAUGUGCCCUGAUAUGGGUACUUCAGCUAAAAAAGUAAACUCUGUGUGUGUAGUCAAGAGAAAUUGGUUCCCCCACCACCCAAAUUCCUGUUUGGGGAGAACCUCAUCUCUUUAGGAGAUACAUUGCAAUCUAAGGAGAAUAAUCCAACAGCACCAACAACAGUCAUCUGUAGAUGCUCGAAGCUCAACUCUGAAUUCCCUCCUUCUCUCCAACAGCACUUUUAGUGGAACUAAAAACAAUAUCACACAAAGUCCAAGUGCUCAAUUGACCCAUCAAUAAAUGGGAUCAUGACUCUUAGUCCUGUCUACACUACAAGUAAUUCUUGUACUGACAGAGCUGGUCAGUAUCAGGUCCAGUACUGGACAAUAAAUGCAAACAGGACAAUGACAAUCUCACCAUGUUACUUAUCUUCAAACACUUUUGAAUGGCAGGUGCUCCAAUACACAGAAAUCCUUUCUUUUCCAGCACUAGUACAGAGCAACUGACUUCCAGUAACCUUUGUCAGCAUCAAAUCUUUCAGUGUAAGCAGAGUUUUCACUUUUAUGCCUUAAGGGCAUUCUUAAUGAUCAGUUUUACUGUUUGUUGCACACUGCACUUUGACACAAUGCCGUUUCCUCCUCCCCCAAGGUCAGUGUCUGCAGGAAGACACUAAUUGCAGAAUAAUUAAAAGGAAAAGGGUGCUAAUAUCUCUCUAUUAGCAAGUUAGCAACUCAUACCAAAGGAAUCAAGUAUGAGGGGGUUUUGUUACUCUUCUCUUGGUUUAAUCCAAUUAUUGGUUAAGAAAAGUUUUCAGUAGAGGAUAAAUCUCUAUGUUGAAAAUUGUAACAAUUCUUUGACCUCCUUCCAAAACAAAUUAAGAUACUGAAGAAAAAGUAAGUUAUUUUAGCAUGUGUCCAUUCUAAUGAAUGCUUAUGUACUGAGCUAAGCAGAUGUGCUUUGCAGCAAGGUAUGCUAUUCCAAAACAAGAAUUUAACAAGAUUACAGGAAACUUCCAUUGAUUUUUAGCAUUAAGAACAAAAAUACCUAUUUGCCAUUUGGGGUUUACUAGUAUUGUGUGUGUAUAUAUGUGAUUAAAUGCUUGUAAUGUGAGUAUUUAUUUAUAAUUAUUGAAAAUGUAUUCUGUAUAAGAAAAAAUAGGAUAGAUAAAUGUAAUUUUAAACUUAAGGAGGUACUGUUAUGUCAAAGAGUUUUACAUAUCAAGCAGUGCUUGAAUUUACUGGUGUACAGGCCAUUAUUUAAAGUGUUGGGAUCUAAACUGCAGAUCAGAGUCUGCUGCAUGUCUCUGGAGCUAGUAGAGUGUAGCAUUUCUCCAUUUCCAUCAAGAACUGUGAUUGCAGAAGCAGUUUACAUUGUUGGCUUUGACUCUCCCAGCCCACAACUGCCAUCUUCACUCCUCAGAGAAAAGUGGUUUUCAUAGCUAGCAGAAUUAAUGGGAGAGAAAUGCUGGAUCUCCAGCUGAUAUUUGACCCCAUGGAAAACACUGUGCAUAUCAAUACCUACUAGUGAAGACAUCCUCUUGCAUCAGAACUAGUGUGCACCCUAAAAUACAUAGCUGAUCUCAACAGCAGCACAGCAUAUUGCUUCCUCAGUGCACAGCUGCAAUGGGGACCACUCUUACAUCUUGGUCUGACACAGCUGUGUUAUACUAUUUUCUGUUUAAGGUUAACCAUGUUUUGCUCUAAUUGUAGAGCCCUAAACUCACAAAAUGGUUUGUGUUGGAAGAGAGCUUAAAGCUCAUCCAGUUCCAACCCCUUGCCACGAGCAGGGGUACCUUCCACUAGAGCAGCUUGCUCCAAGCCCCUGUGUCCAACCUGGCCUUGAACACUGCUGGGGAUGGGGUAGCCACAGCUUCUCUGGGCACCCUGUGCCAGCGCCUCAGCACCCUCACAGGGAAGAAUUUGUGCCUAAGAGCUCAUCUCAAUCUCCUCUCUUAAAGCCACUCUCGUUAUCCUGUCACUGUUUCCUCUUAUGAAGAUUUGCAAAGCAUAUUAAUGUGGAAAAUAUGACAGAUCUGUGUCCUUUGAGAAAUGCCUUUAAUUUUCUUAGUAGACACCUCCCUUUCUACAUACAAAUAAAGCACUUAGGUUUCAAUCCCACUGAACUGAAAAAACUUUUUAGGCUUUUUUCCUAUGUUAAAAAUAAAUUGAAACAUUUGGAAGAGAACAGACACCCCACAUGUUCUGUGGCAAAACCCUGAAAAACAUUAACUGCUACAGGAUUAUUAUUUUAUACAUUUUACUAGCAAGCAUUUGCAUGUGAAAGACCUAUGAGUGUUAUUUUGGGUAAUGAAGAAACAUCCGUGCAUUGCAUGAGUGAGUCACUAAAGUUUAAAAACAAGGUUUCAGUCCAAACUUCAUUUCUGAGCCCAUUUUGCCUAAAGCAAAAUCUAAAGCACAUUUUGAACAACAUAUGUAUAGUGUAUUCUACAUGUAGUAAUUAAAGGCUGUGUUCAUACCUGCUCAGUACUAGAUUCCAUGAUAGUAUCUCAGAGGUUUAAUAUAUGAUGUUUUUUAUACUUGAAAACUUAUCUUUAUCUCUCUUGAAAGUCAGAAGGAGGAACCUGACUUCAGUGAGUCCAGCAUCUAAAAGGAUGUUUUAAUGCUGCUGAGGAAUAAGCAAGUUUUGGUCUUUAUAGCAGCUAUAUUACAUUGGAAAGUUGUCUGGUGGGCCUUAGUGAAACAAGAUUACCCAGGAACAGAUUUAUCUUUGUACUUGUAGCCAUUCUUAGUGGCAAGAGGUUAGUGAUAUGUUGGGCUUAUUAUUUCUUUAAAUAGUAUUUUUUCUGGUUUCCAAGCUUUUUCUUCAGAACUACUUUGCAUUUUUAAUAUUAAUAUGGGGAAAAUGAUCACUUUGACUUUUCUAGAGGUUAAUGUUACAUGUUAUAAGUUAAGCUUAUAUAGACUUGACACAGUUGCCUGUGUUGGCAUCCCUUCAGGACUACCAGUGAGUUGAUCUGUGACACUCCUGAGCCUUUUGUUAUCAAAGCUGGUAGGUACAAUAGAGAAGUUAAUGGUUCGUGACAUGCCUUUGCUGUGAUCAUAGCCAAGAAACUUGAAACUGAACUAUUUAAAGCUGACAAUGGCUUAAACUCAACUACAAAGUUGAUUUCAUUUUCCAGUGAUUUUAAUGUUAUGUGUAACAUGACUAAGUGUGUAAAAAUAAGCAGCUAAACCAUGAAUUGCCAUAGUAAAUAGACAAACAGUUCCGCUUAAACCUUCAAGCUUCCAAGAAUUCCUAUAGUCGGUUAAAGACUUAAAAAGCAAACCCAACUUAGAAAUUACUGUUCCUGAAAGGAAACACUUUCCUUUCUGAAUGUCUAGCUGUGUUCAUUGGAAGUUUGCUCAAAUACAGCUUCUGUGUGUCAUACUUUUAACAAACAUUCCACUUUUUGGAGUUGAAAUGCCUCAUUUUUGAGCAUUUCAAUUCAUAUUUCAUACCUGUUAAUGCCAGUAUUUUGGGGGCCAUAAAAUAAAAGCCCAGCAGCAUGGGAAGGCCAUUUAAGACUUGCUUUUCUAAUAGUUUGUGUUCAGCUCAGCUCCAGCAUCAGAGUUGAAAUACGGUUUUGAUAUUAUUGUGUGCUUGACAAAAUGUCAACACCUUCACUACUGAGCACACUGCCUGUUGCUGCAAAUUGACUUGUGUAAGAUGCUUUUACCUUGGAACUGGAACUACUUUAUGCCAAUAUAAUACAUCAGUUAUUUCUUUGUAAUACUACUUAGUUAAUGUCUAGUAAAACUUGGGAACAGAUUCAUUUGGUACUUGUAGCCUGUUUGAAGCUGAAGGAUACUACAUCCAUGUGCCUUUAUGAACCAGAAGUAGCGUGGGGUACUGUGUUGAGUAUGUUUUAAGCAGUUGGAUGAAAUUGCACAUGUUUUGCAGCCACAACUUUCCCAUUUGGGGGUGGAGUGUGGCACACAGCUUGUUUGCUGAGCAUUUCUAUAGGAAAUAAACUGCUCAAAACCUGAAGUUCUCUGUGAUGGUGAAAACUCUUGGUUAUUGCCUAAGCUUGUUGUGUAUGUAUUGAUGUCCUUUCAUGUAUGCCUUUAUUGGCUAAAGGAUGUGUUGUGUGAGUUUUAAUAAAAGACUUUUUGCUGUAUAGGUGA